ACUUAUAUCCAAUACUCUGCGGAGCCACCCUUACUCAGAAAGGAGAAGUACAACGGUGACUGCAAGGGAUUUUCUUCUUCUUCUUCUUCUUCUGAAACAGAUAAACAACCACGGUAUUGCAAUCUCUUAUUUGGGAGGUCAGUAAUGGAAGUUUUGCUGCCAAAACUUCCAUCUUUCAAAUUUCCAAGCCCCAGCCAUUGCUGCUCAAUCACUACUAGGAGCUCAUCAUAUGUCAGAUUUAGGUUCCGUCGUUUAUCUUCUCUCUCUGUUUGUGCAUCAACUGUCAAUGAAGCAGUAGUUGAACCUACUCUUGGUUCCCCUUCUUUGGGUCACUCCACCCGACCCCAUUUCCCUAUACUUCACCAGGAAGUAAAUGGCUCAAAACUUGUUUACUUGGACAAUGCAGCAACUUCUCAGAAGCCCACCAUUGUUUUGAAGGCGUUGCAAAACUAUUAUGAAGCUUACAAUUCGAAUGUGCAUCGGGGCAUACAUUUCUUGAGUGCAAAGGCCACAGACGAGUAUGAAUCGGCUAGAAGGAAGGUUGCAGCUUUUUUAAAUGCUUCUGAUUCUAGAGAAAUUGUUUUCACAAAAAAUGCUACUGAAGCUAUCAAUCUAGUGGCUUAUUCUUGGGGUUUGUCAAAUUUAAAACCAGAAGACGAGAUCUUACUUACCAUUGCUGAACAUCACAGUGCAAUUGUUCCUUGGCAACUAGUCGCUCAAAAAGUUGGGGCUGUUUUGAAAUUUGUGAAUUUAAACCAAGAUGAAAUUCCAGAUGUAGACAAAUUGAAAGAAAUGAUCUCAAGGAAGACCAAAAUAGUUGUUGUCCAUCAUGUUUCAAACAUGCUUGCUUCUGUCCUUCCUAUUAAAGAUAUUGCACAUUGGGCGCAUGAUGUUGGAGCAAAAGUGCUUGUAGAUGCCUGUCAGAGUGUUCCACACAUGGUGGUUGAUGUUCAGAGCCUUAAUGUUGAUUUUCUUGUUGCUUCUUCUCACAAGAUGUGUGGGCCUACAGGCAUUGGAUUCUUAUAUGCUAAAAUAGACCUCUUGUCUUCCAUGCCUCCAUUUUUAGGUGGUGGUGAAAUGAUUUCUGAUGUGUAUCUUGAUCAUUCAAGUUAUGCUGAACCUCCAUCUAGAUUUGAGGCUGGAACGCCAGCUAUUGGGGAAGCAAUUGGUUUAGGAGCAGCAAUUGAUUACUUAUCUGGGAUUGGUAUGCAAACCAUACAUGAUUACGAGGUGGAGCUGGGUAGAUAUCUGUAUGAGAAGCUUCUUUCAAUCCCAAAUAUUCGCAUCUAUGGGCCAGUGCCUUCAGAAAAAGUCCAAAGAGCUGCUCUAUGUUCUUUCAAUGUUGAGAAUAUACACCCUACUGAUCUUGCAACAUUUCUGGACCAACAGCAUGGAGUGGCUAUCAGAUCAGGUCACCAUUGUGCCCAACCCCUCCAUCGCUAUAUAGGAGUUAGUUCAAGUGCACGCGCUAGUCUCUAUUUCUAUAAUACUAAGGAGGAUGUUGACAACUUCAUCCAGGCCCUCAAUGACACAGUUACCUUCUUCAAUUCAUUCAAGUAGUUAGAAUGUAUUUUUAUGUAAAUUAAGUUUUGUAAAUUAAGGAGGGUUGGCUCAAUUGGUAGUACAAGCUGCCUCAAUGAAAUGUUCUUGAAUUCUAUUCCUCCUGCUGAUCUCAUUAGUGGGCAUCCACUAAUUGUAGUAUGCCUCCUGAACUUUUAUGUAUAAAAAAAAAAUGCUCAUACACGUUAGAAUCUUUGAAGGUGUGAAUAUUGCAUCCACUUUGGAUGAGAAUCAAGUGAUGUAUAAUUUGCUACAACAGGGCUUUGCUCCUUUCUAGUUCAGCUAUAUGCUAGUACUCAAUAUGUAUUAUAUCAAAGCCAUGUAAGUACCCUUGUUGGUUGAUAUCGGAUCAAGUUUAAGUUGUUGAAACUAUG